AUGCAAGUCGUUCGAAAGCCUCAGGGGUCUGUGGUCAUUAUCGGAGCUGGUACACAGGGAAGAAGACUGGCCUACAUGUGGUCAAGCAAAGGUGGCACUGUCGCUCUAGUCGAUCUUCAGGAGCAACAGCUCCGAGACGGAUUGCAAUACGUGCAACAAUUGCGGGAGGAAGCAAAAGACCAUGAUGGAGAUUGGGGAGCAGUUGAAGUAUCACAACCUGCUGCAUUGGAAUCUACGCUGAAAGACGCGUGGCUUGUUGUCGAGUGUGUGCCUGAGAAUUUGAAGUUGAAGCAAAAGGUUAUCACUCAGCUUGAUGACCUGGCUCCUGAAAGAACCAUCAUUGCGUCAAACUCUAGUAGUUAUGGAAUAUUUGAAAUCCUCGAGGGAUUAAACUUGAAGAACAACAAGAGGGUUAUGAGCGCACACUGCUAUUGGCCACCAGAAACUUCAGCCAUCGAAAUCAUGGGUCACAAGGAUAGCGAUCCGAAACUCAUUGACCUUGUCCUAGAACAAUGCAAAGAACAUGGAUUCUCGCCUUUCCAUGUCAGGCAACCCUCUAUCGGCUACAUAUACAACAGGAUUUGGGCCGCUAUCAAGCGCGAAACCCUUUUAACCCUAUCCGAGGGCGUUGCGACACCCAAAGAAAUUGAUGCAAUCUUCAAGGACGUUUUGAAAACACCCAAGGGCCCAUGUGAGCAGAUGGAUGUGGUGGGUCUGGAUGUUGUUCUGGACAUUGAGAAUCACUAUGCGGAAUCGCGAAAUGGAAUUCCCACAGAGCCGAGAGAUUAUCUUCAAAAUAUGAUUCAAGGGGGACAUCUUGGUGUGAAAAAUGGCCAAGGGUUUUAUGACUACGAUCAAGAAAGGUAA